AAAUAUGGAAAUGUUACUAACUAGAUUAUUAGCGGCUACUCAAACGCAACCCACGAGUAAUCCUCCCACGCAAUUGAUUCAGUUUGACCCUGACUGUGUGGAUGCAGACAUAGAAGGCUGGUGCAAAGUGACAGAAAUUAUUAUUGAUAGCAAGAAGUUAGAAGGUGCAGAGUUACUAUUAUUGCUUACACAUGCCCUUAAGGGGAGGGCCGCCUCUUGCCUAACUAAACUACAAUCAUCUCAACUAACAUGGUCGCAAAUAAAAGAAAUUUUGUUGGCAAAGUUCGCUAAGCCUAUGUUACCACAGGAUUAUUUCGAUGACGUGCUUCGAUUUCAAAUAGGUCUAAAAGAAACAGCAUGCGAGGCGGCGGUACGACUAUGGAGUAUUAUAGAACGCAUUCCACGUACAGAAAUGGCUGAAGACAUAAUAACAGGAUUUGUAGCAUCAGUAUUAAGUCAAAAGGAUGUCAUGAUUCGUAGGGAGCUUCAUUCUCAUAAUGUUGCCACUAGAUCUCAACUCUUUCGCAUCCUUAAUGGAAUAUCGUUAAAGCGGAGGCAUGAUGGUAAUGACAACCAAGAAAUUGAAUUAAAAAGAACUCGUUUUAAUGAAGGUCGCUUUACGGGAGCAUGUCACCGUUGUGGUGUGCCAGGACAUAGAGCUGUUGACUGCCGCAAGAAACGUGAAGAAACUAGUUCCGCAGAGAAGAAACUGAUCCAAUCUUUUCGAAUACCUGAUAAAACGCGAGCGAUUACGUGCUUCGUGUGUGGACAGUCGGGGCACCUCGCGCCGACAUGCCCAGAAAGAAAAGAAAGGAGCGGUGCGCCGAUAACCAAAGAGGUCAACGUCUGCGAGCGUAAAUCAUCGAUGGGCACGUUAACUACAUCAUCUGAUCAACUGGAACAGCGAGGCAGGAUAAGAAGCACGAGGGCGUGCUAUUGUCAGUCCGGCCGUGACGGCGCAUAGACAUUUUUAGAGUGA